AUGGCCUACCCUCCUCCUCCAGGCACAAGCAACCUCCCCGCGCGACCACCUCCCUCCAACGACAGCAGCAACGGCGGAUCUGGUGGCUUCACCAAAGGCGGCUUCAAACCAUCAUUCUCGGCCAGCUCAGCAUCACUACCGCAGCAGCCCUACGCACGAACUGCAAGCGCAUACUCAGGCGCCAACGCCAUCCACGGCCCUGUUGCCCCCCCUCAGAGCCAGUAUGGCCCAUCCUCAUACACAUCCUAUAGCGCCCCCGGCACCGUGAACGCACCCCCCUCCUAUUCCUCGUCAUACCAGCGACAGGCAGCGCCUUCGCGCCAACCACAGGGCUACAACAGCCAUGCCUACAGCCAGCCCCCGUCAUCGACGUCCUACGCCGCGCCACCCAGCAUAAAGAACCCCUUCCCCACCCCCGGUGCGGCCGCGACCACGAGCGACUAUGAUCCCGAGGCGGCCGCGCAGUAUGCGCAGUGGCAGAGCACCUACGUGACCCGCGACCCCGUCGCCACCGGCAAGGAUGGCAAGCCGGUCGCGACGGCGGAGCUGCCCAAGCCCGAGCCGACGCCCGCGAGCACGGACAAGAAGAAGACGGUUGUGCGCGAGGGCGGCGGCGAGAAGUGGACGGACGACACCCUCCUCGAAUGGGACCAGUCGCAUCUGCGGCUGUUCGUCGGCAACCUGGCCGGCGAGACGACGGACGACUCACUGUACAAGGCCUUUUCCCGCUGGGGCUCUUUGCAGAAAUCGCGGGUUGUGCGGGACAAGCGCACAAACAAGUCCAAAGGCUACGGGUUCGUGAGUUUCAGUGAUGCAGACGACUUCUUCCAGGCGGCCAAGGAGAUGAACGGCAAGUACAUCCAGAGUCACCCCGUUGUGGUCCGGAAGGCGAAGACGGAGAUCAAAGUAACAAAUGCCAAGGACAAGGACAAGGGUCGCCAUAAGAACAACAGGAAGAACCACAACGGCGGCAAUGGAAGCGGCGGCGGCGGCGGCGGCAGUGGUGGAUAUGAACCCAACCUGGGUCCCCAUGGCGGUGCCACUAAGAUUGGCAAGAAGACGAAGAAUGGACUUCGACUUCUCGGUUAG